AUGUAGGGAGAAGAUUUGUUACCAGAUCAUAUAAAUGAUGAAAUAUAUCGUACUUUGGAACACCUAUACUUAAGAUUAAAUGAAAUAGUUCGUAAAGCAGAAGAUGUCUUAGAUUUAUCUUAAUCAGUUAGUUUUUAAGCAACUUUAAAAAGACUUAAUACAGCCUCUAAAGGUGAAAAUUAUUAAAAGAUUCCCAAAAACUAUUUUCCUCCUCCUUCUGAUUAAGAAUCUUUUGAAAGAAAGUUUAAAUUAUUAAGAAGAUGUGGACAUAUAUUAUCUGAUACAAUGUUGAAAGUAAGAACUUCUCUCAUUGAGCUUCAUGAUGCAACUCGUAAAUAGAAAUAAGAUAUCGUCAAAAUGAAAAAGGAUGAAUAUGCAAUUAAACAUGAAAAGUCAUUUCCUAUUAAUUAAAUAUAAAGAAAUGGAAUUCAAUAAUAAAAGCUUCCUUAAACUAUUCUAUUAGAUGAAGAUGAUGAUUUGAUGAUUCUACCUAAAAUUGAAUUUGUUAUUGAAUAACCAUAAUUACUAUCCACUUCAAUAGCUUCAGAUCCUGUUUAUUAUAUUUCUUGUACUUGUCUACUUGAAAAUACACUUUAAUAAUAAAUUCCAGAAGAACUUAAACUAUGUAUUGCUAUAGAAUCUUUAUAAUAUUAUGAUAAAUUCUAUUUGAAUUAAAAUAUCAUCUAAGAAUGUAAAGCAGCUAAUAAGAUAUUACUUCAAUUGAAAGGCGAUUCUAAUUGUAUUACGAGAUAAUGUUUAUUUUAUGAAAAGAUAUAUCUAAAUAUGAUUAAAUAACCAAUUGUUUAAUUGAACUUUGCUAGAAUCUAAAGAGGAGAACAAUUCUAUUUCCCUCUCUUUUCUGAUAUUUCAGAUUUAUUUAAUGACUAAACAUUAUUUCUUUAUGGCAUUUAUUAAUUUAGUAGAUCCAUUGGAAGAGCAUCUUGUUAAAAAGUUGGAAAUAUUAAGUAUUUAAUGAAUCUAUUACAUACUCAAUCAACUUCUGGACUUGUCAUUAAUGCAUAUAGUUCAUCUCUUGAUAAAAGUCAAUUUUUAAUUGAUUUUUUAACAGCCAUGAUUCAUUUAAAUGGUAAGGAAAUUGUUAUUGGACUCAAUAAAAUCACAUUUCCAGAAUGUCAACGUAAUCCUAGAAUUAUUUUAACUCGAUAUACACAUAAAUUAAGUUAAUAAGAUAAAGAAUUAUUAGAUUAAAAUCUUAAUGAUGGAAUUGAUGGAGGAUAUAGAAUUAAUGAAUCAAGUUGUAAAUUAAAAAGAACUAUCAUCAUUUUCACCAAAGAAAAGAUUUUUAUACCAGAAAUUGGUAGAAAUCUUAAGCAUUGGGAAAUUCCUAUUGAUUUCUUAAGAUAAUAAUGCGAAACUUAUCAUUAUUAAUAUCUAAUACAUUAUAUUGAUUAAAUAGUUAAAUGUAACAUUUAAGAUAGAUUACCUAAGUUCUUUACUAUCCUCAUCACUCUUAUUAAUUUAAAAGUUAACAAUUUUAAGGAAUUUAAUUAAUAAAUCAUUCGAGAUUUUGAUUACUUCAUCAAAAAUAGAAAUUAUGUGAAUUAUUUUUGCUUAAAAACAUACCAUAAAUUAACACAUAUAGAAAAUUAUUUAUAAGAAUCUUUAAAAUCAUAAAAGUUGAUUUGUUAUAGCAAAGACAUUACAAGAUUGUUAGGAAUUGAAGAAGAAUGA